AUGCGCACUCCAAUGUUCCUCACCUACUUUUCCACUCUUUUCCUCUGCUUUGUGUUUCCGUUCUACCUCGCUAUCCGUGGAUCCGCCUCCUUGUCCGAUAUUGCACUUGUCCUGUCUUCUCUCUCCGAGCGCGUCGAAGCCUUGUAUAUCACCGUCACUUCUUUACUUGCUGCUCUUUCUAUUUUAACAUCUAAAGAAGCAACCAAAGCUUUUAUGGAGCCUAGGAAGCCCGUGCGUGUACCUAGAGGCGGAAAAGAUAAAAGGAACACGUCCCUUCCCAAAGGACUCGCGCACUGCAUUAACUCCUUCGAGCAGUAUCCACUCCUAGCCAAGCAGGUACUUCAGCGAAAGUACGAGCGAUAUGUCAGACAAACACCGGCGCAGAAGUCGCUCAGUAACAAACUCGGCUACUCUGCUCAUUUUGAGAGAGCUAAGGAGGGGAUCAAUGUAAACGCUCGAUUUUCAGAACACAUUGCGCAAAUUGGGAGGGAGACCUACCGUACGGGCCCUCAAGCACUGGAAGACGAGGCAGAUAGCGAAUUUGGAAUUGUAGACCUGGCAUUCGCACAUCUCUCGCGGGACUGGACCACGCAAGGGGCAAAGGAGAGACAAGCCGUGUUUCCACCUCUUGUAAAUAAGCUUGAACAUUUUUUCAACAGAGAAAGAAAAGGAAAGAAGGUACUUGUUCCAGGAAGCGGAUAUGACGUCACCGCCAACGAGCUGGACUAUGGCUCCAUACUGGCCUACCACCUGCUGAUAAACCACACGGUCUCACUGCACGAGCACACUCUGCAGCCAUUCAUCACCAAAUGGACACACCAGGCAAACCCCUCUUCACGCUACUCCACUUUGACGGUGCCAGAUCAUUGGCCAAACAAGACCGUCAAGCUCGUCGAGGGCGACUUCUUAGAGAUGUUUCCCCAAGACGGUGAGUUUGACGCCAUCGUUACGCUGUUCUUCAUCGACAUUGGCGAGAACGUGAUCGACUUUUUGAGCAAUAUCCACCGGCUACUGAAAACUGGAGGUGUAUGGAUCAAUCUUGGACCGCUGAAGUGGGGCACCCACACCGCUCUUCAGCUUUCUGCGGAGGAAGUGCUUCAGCUAGCAGAUGUGCUCGGGUUCGACGUGGAUCAUGCGUCAAGAAAGAGCAUUGACAGCCUGUAUGCCGAGCAGCCGGAGACGUUGCUGAAAUUCACUUAUGGUGAGUGCCUGCAGUGCUCUCGUAAGACAGUAGCUGACAAUCUGAACAGUCACGCAGUUCUGGUCGGCAACAAAAAGAGCGUAGAAUUGUGUCUUUUUGCAAACAAACACUGA